ACUUAUACAUUAUAGAGAACGAAAAUAAUACCCAACAUGGGUUGUACGAACACAAAAGUUCAUCCAGUGAAUUUUGACCCGGUGCCUCAAGCCAAGGAGACCUGGUUCGAAAGGAAGGUUAAGCGACGCUCGGGGAAGGUGAAACAAAACUUACUCAGUUGCUUCACGCGGGACUCGAAUUUGAAGACCAGGAAGAUUGCGUGGCCUGAGCAGCCCAGAAGUGUGAAGACCACACAGAACAUCGAGGACGCAUUCUCAGUGAAGACCACACAAAGCAACGAGGACGCAGUCUCAGUGAAGACCACGAAAAGCGAGGAAGACGCACUCUCAGUGAAGUGCACACUAAGCAACGAGGACGCAGUCUCAGUGAAGACCACGCAAAGCAAGGAAGACGCACUCUCAGUGAAGUGCACACUAAGCAACGAGGACGAAGUCUCAGUGAAGACCACGCAAAGCAACGAGGACGCACUCUCUGGAGAUAGCAGCUUUUCUGAUGACGUCUCAGAUGUCUCUACAUUAACGACAGAGUCUGAGAGUAGCAGCUUUUCUGAUAACGUCUCUGAUGUCUCUACAUUAGCGACAGAGUCUGAGAGUAGCCGCUGUUCUGAUGACGUCUCAGAUGUCUCUACAUUAACGACAGAGUCUGAGAGUAGCAGCUUUUCUGAUGACGUCUCAGAUGUCUCUACAUUAACGACAGAGUCUGACACUGAGAGCAGCUCGUCAUCCGGAUCCUUCGAAUCAGUCAUCGACCUCCCCGUUUCCCCGCCCAAACCAUCACGCGGGCAGACGACACCCGUCUCGAAGACGAGAGAAGAAAUCCUCCUCAAGAACAUCGCAAGAGCAGGCUUCCAGAUCGACCCAGUGCCACGGAAUGGGGAUUGUUUUUUCGGUGCGGCCGCCAGACAACUCGGCAGAGGAGACCCCCGUAUUGACACCACCGCCCUGCAGCUCCGUAAAGACCUAGUCCACCAUAUCAGGGCCCACAGUGAGAAGUUCUGCGUAGCGGUACCGGGCGGUUUCUGGGCGUUCCAACAGGAGUUGGACAGGCUGGCACGGCGGGGCCACUGGUGCUCGGAUGUAGCAGACGUCCUGCCGAUCGCUUUGGCGGAUUUUACUUCAAGAGAGGUGGUGCUGAUCACCAGCACCGACAUGCAGGUCAUGGUGCUGCCGCCAGAGGGCGAGGAGUCAGGAACCCCGCUGGUCUUGGCCUACCUGACUACCCCGGGCGGAGAGCACUACGAUGCCGUCAGGUUCGUGGGAGGCUGAGAGACUGGAUCGGCCUCGGG